AUGGCUGCGACGAUGGUUCUUGACCCUAAAGCCACUCCGGCGUUGAUGGAUCUGUCUACGGCGGACGACGAAGAUCUCUAUGGUCGCUUGAAAUCUCUUGAGCGGCAACUAGAGUUUACCGAUAUCCAAGAGGAAUAUGUGAAAGACGAGCAAAAGAAUCUCAAACGAGAGCUCUUACGGGCUCAAGAGGAGGUCAAAAGGAUUCAAUCGGUGCCCUUAGUGAUUGGCCAAUUCAUGGAGAUGGUGGAUCAGAACAACGGAAUCGUCGGAUCUACUACUGGGUCCAAUUACUAUGUUCGGAUUCUCAGCACCAUCAACAGAGAACACCUAAAGCCUUCUGCUUCCGUCGCUCUUCACCGUCACUCCAAUGCCCUUGUUGAUGUCUUGCCACCUGAGGCCGAUUCUAGCAUCUCCCUUCUCAGUCAAUCUGAGAAGCCUGACGUCUCCUACAAUGAUAUUGGAGGAUGCGAUAUUCAGAAACAGGAAAUUCGUGAGGCUGUUGAAUUGCCACUUACCCAUCACGAGCUUUACAAGCAGAUUGGUAUAGACCCUCCACGAGGUGUCUUGCUAUAUGGACCUCCUGGUACUGGAAAGACUAUGUUGGCUAAGGCCGUUGCAAACCAUACAACUGCUGCCUUCAUUAGGGUUGUUGGCUCUGAGUUUGUGCAAAAGUACCUCGGCGAGGGACCUCGUAUGGUUCGUGAUGUUUUCCGUCUUGCCAAGGAAAAUGCUCCAGCUAUCAUCUUCAUUGAUGAGGUAGACGCCAUCGCUACUGCUAGGUUUGAUGCUCAAACAGGAGCUGAUAGGGAAGUUCAGCGUAUUCUCAUGGAACUUCUUAAUCAGAUGGAUGGAUUUGACCAGACUGUGAAUGUCAAGGUCAUAAUGGCAACCAACAGAGCAGACACUCUUGACCCGGCUCUCUUACGUCCUGGGAGACUUGAUCGUAAGAUUGAGUUUCCUCUUCCUGAUAGACGUCAAAAGAGGCUCGUUUUCCAGGUAUGCACGUCCAAAAUGAACCUCAGCGAUGAGGUUGACUUGGAAGACUAUGUCUCACGACCUGAUAAAAUUAGCGCUGCUGAGAUAGCAGCAAUCUGCCAGGAAGCUGGAAUGCAUGCCGUGCGCAAGAACAGAUAUGUGAUUCUGCCUAAGGAUUUCGAGAAGGGGUACCGCUCGAAUGUGAAGAAGCCAGACACGGACUUCGAGUUUUACAAGUGA